AUGGACGACUUCAACGACCUCGAAAAGAACAUCAGAGCCGCCCUCGUCUCGACCGUCCGAAGCUCCAACGCCGCCGGCAACGAGGACGUCGCCUUCCACCGAUCUCUCAAUGCCUCGAUUGGCAGCUCUAUUGACGCCCAGAAUGCGCGCCUUCUCGGUCUUUCAGAUCGGCUCAUUAGCAGUGCGACCGCGAAUACGGAGCUUGUACGUCCUCCACGACUGAAGGACCUCGAUGCCGUCGAGGGCAACUGGAAGGCGGUGGUUGAUGUCGUCGACAGCCUGCUCGAGCGCGCAGACACCGCCCUUGAUGAGUUCACGGGCGCCGUCAAGAGAUUGAGUCCGGCAGCAGAACAGGUAGGCCUGGCAUCGUUAUACACGUGAAAAGAUGGGAAGGAACUGCAUACUGAACACGGUGAAGGCAAUGGCGCCAAGACCCUCAAGGUCUGCAAGACUUGCGCAGGGCUUCCAAACUCAGGACCGGCUGGACAAACCGCAGUUGCAAUUCGAGCACAUGCCCACGAACGACGAAAAGACGCCCUUCAAACCGCUCCUGCUGAGCAAGCCCCAUGCCUCGUUCCCGCUGGAGACUGAACGCACCGCUUCAGACCCGGACACUCAAGAAUCGUACGCCUCAUCCCUCUUUGCCUUCUCUCGACUUGAGCCGCUCUGGAAUGAAAGAGAACUCAGACUUCUCUUUCCUACUCAGAGGGCCCAUCGUUUGCACCAUCCGUCCCCGUCCUCUUCCCCCGAGAGAGCAGCAGUGAUGUACCCUGACUCGACUCUAACCUUGCAAACAGAUACCCGCACCCCUACCAGCUCGAGAUCGAGCAAUAUCGAUACCCGUUGUCGGUGUAUACUCACUCCGAGCCGAUAAUGUAUCAUCCCUUCGAGUCGACAACGGCGACUUUCGUUGAUACCGAAGAAGCUCUUCAUGAGAUGCUGUCCGAGCUCAAGCAGGCAAAGGAAAUUGCAAUCGACAUUGAGCAUCACGAUAACCGCUCGUAUGUUGGUAUAGUAUGUCUAAUGCAGAUCAGUACCCGCGACAAGGAUUGGAUAGUCGAUACCCUGAAGCCAUGGAGACGAAAGCUGGAGUGUCUGAAUGAAGUGUUCGCGAAUCCAGACAUUGUCAAGGUACUGCAUGGAGCCCACAUGGAUGUCAUUUGGCUUCAGCGUGACCUCGGCCUGUAUCUGGUAGGUCUUUUCGACACGCACGAGGCUUCGAGAGCACUCGGCUACGCUGGUGGUAGCUUGGCAUUCCUUCUCAAGCGGUUCAUCAACUUUGAUGCACAGAAGCAAUACCAACUGGCCGAUUGGCGGAUACGACCUCUACCACAGGAGCUCUUCGACUAUGCCAGAAGCGAUACUCAUUUCCUACUUUAUAUCUACGAUAACAUGCGCAACGAGCUUAUCCUCAAAUCGGACUUCUCAAAAGACGAUCGUGAGGGGGACAAGAUUUGGAAUGUUCUGCAGAAGAGUAGCGAGACUGCACUUCAGCGAUAUGAGCAUCCCGUCUAUGAUGUCGAAGGGGGCCAAGGUCCACUAGGCUGGUACAAGCCACUGUUGAAGACACCGGUGCAAUACACGAAAGAACAGUUCUCCGUCUACCGUGGCGUGCACAAAUGGCGCGACGACGUAGCGAGGGAGCAAGACGAUGGUGUGCAUUAUGUCAUGCCGAUUCACUCUGUCUUCAGCAUCGCCCGAGCGAUGCCGACCACACGUCAGGAAUUGGCGAAUGCCGCCCAGUUGACGUCGACCAUGAAGCUACGAGCCGAUGAGCUACUUCAUGUUGUUGUUAAGUCGAAGGCCGCCGGGAAGGAUGGGCCGGAAUUGUUCGAUGUCGUCUCGAAGAAGUCUGGCACCGAACGCACGGCUAGAUUUGACUCGACUCCGACCGCUCAAAGGACAGCUACUUCUCAAACUAAGCCAACCGCGACUCCUCUCACAUCGAACGAUACCUCAACAACACCGAUACGAAGCUCGACAUCUUCCUUCUGGGGCGAUGCGUUUGCAAGCAGCGCAUGGCAGCAAAAGCGCAUGACAUCUUCGGCCGCAAACGUGCUCAUGUCAGUGCCUUUGCCGCCGCUAACGGCUGAGGUCUUUGCCGAGCCUGCGGAAGCUGCACAUUCACAGGCAAGAAUUCCCGACCCUAGCCCUCCAAUAUCAUCCGAUCAAGGAGAGCAGCAAGCCGAAGACGACGUGUUUGUGCUCAAGGAUAUGGCGAAGAAGCGCAAGCGCACUGAUCCGAUUGAGGUAUUGGAUGGUAUGGCAGCGAACUCAGACGAGGUUGCGAUUGGGGAGACGGAAGAUUCUCGGGCACAGAAGAGGCGCGAGAAGAAGGCGGCUAAGAGGGCGGCCAAGAACGGAGCGACGAACGGCAAUGAGGAUGCCGAGGAAGAGGACGAAGCUCCUUUCGAUUACGCUUCUGCUCCGAGCAUACUGAAUCCAUCGAAUGAGGGUCCCAGGGAGAGUGCGAAGGAGCGGAAGAAGAAGGAGAAGCAGAUGAAUCCGUAUGCUAAGUCAAUGGAUGCACCAAAAGGCCUGCCGAGGAAGCAGAAGGAGAAAGCUGGAAAGAGUAUGACCUUCAGGUCAUGAAUGCUUUCCGUGUAUGAAAACUUGCAUUAUGGCGCAUGAGCGACGGCGUUGGGAGGAACUGCAUUCCAUUAGCGUGGUUUGAUAGGGACGGCACACUGACUGAAUCUACUGUGUGCUGUUGUAGAAACUUGAUGCUAGAUUCUUGGCCCUUACGGGCUGUGAGAGUCGAUUUACAUUUCUGCUUCUCCUCUCGCGGUCCGUGCUUCGCUCCGAACUCUUGAAGUUUCGUUGACCUCACUUCUCCUGAGUCCGUCCCAUGAAACCCAAUACGCUUGACAUGGCUCACCACGCGGCGAUCAAUGCGCUCCGAGAAGAAACAGCAUGGCAUGAACAAGAGCUUGCUACGGCGAAGCGCCAACCAGCAGAUUUGCUGUACACCGAAAUACUUGCGAGAAACCGUACCUGGGACGGGAACUCCUACUAGACAUUUCCAUCAACCUACCUCCAACUCUCAUCUUCAUCCAUCUGCAAUUGCAUCAGCCGACUCUGUAGUCGAGAAAGCGCGGUCCGGAGCCAUAAUAAGAUCAAGUGCCAAAGGAAGAUUCAUCCCAAAGAUCCAAAAACAAACCAGCCCCCUAAAGAACCUGAGCGCCCCAACGACAUCCCACUCGUCAAGAUGCCCGGUACACCCAUCAAACCAGCACAGAAGCCCUCUGGGCACCUCUCAACCCCCUCCGUAAGAUUUAGAUGCAAUCUCUCUCAUGUAGACUAGAUUGAAGAGACCGAAGCCCGAAUGCUAGCUCCCAAACCUUGAUUUCGAGGACAUUCUGCGAGGACGAAAUGUGCUUACUAGCCCUUUGGAGGAUCUCGAGGGUUGACGUCUUUGUUGCGAUGCCGCUAUCUGCUAUUGCAGGUCCGUGCACUGGCCCAGGUUAGAAUAGAGCGAGACUGGACUGACGGAUCCUUAGGUUGCGGAUCUUUUGGCGGACGUGCCGGUCGACUGCUUCCAUGUUAGCAGCGGUAAUCAAUGAUGGGGCAACAUGGCUGAUCCUGAUUUCUGAACAGCCAUCGAUGUUCGUUUUCGGUAAUUCAGCGCUGAAGUGUGAUUGUGAAGUAGAGUUCGGGGGGAGACGAUGCUUGAGAGUUGGGUUGCUACGUGAUUUCGCUUGGCGGAGGAUCUCUACGUGGCACUGCUCCACUGGAGCGGAUAAUCUCGAGGCUAAGUGGUCUCCAGGUCACGGUAUGGACAGCAGCAUCAUGUAUCUGAGCGCGGCUGUAGCGGCUGAUCUCUAGAUAGGUUUUCAAAAUAGUGUGGCGUCUCGCGCUCUGGGCUUGCAGUAUCGACAGGCUCGAUCGCAACGCAGUACCGUUCGCAUGUAACGCCAAAUGGUUCUGAAAAAGACCAGGGAAUCCAGAUCCUGACUUGCUGCUCGCUACUAAUGAAGUGUCCUUGCAUUAUGGACGAGUCCGAUGUACUGGGAACGGCUACGAAACGAUUCGGUCCUCGUCACAAUACAGGAAAUGAAGUUGGAUGUCGAAGACCAAGUGCUAUAGAUGCGGAUCUGAAUCUGCUCAGUGAUCGCGGUUGACCCGACUGUGCGUGUCGUGUUUCCGUUAAAGAUCCUCAGCCCGCCGCCCCGGCAAACACUUGCUCGGGAGCUGGCUCUCCCUCUACCACUUAACGUAAUCGAACACGAUGCCAAACACCCGCAUAAUACUACAACGGAGACUCUCAUCUCACCAUAGAAUAGCCUCAAUCAGUUUCCUGGCCUGCACCGUACCGGAAAGUAUUAUUCUCACGGCGGAGAGGAAACGCUCCUCCCACAUGCAAAAGUCCGCUAAGCGGCUAAACCCCGGCGCGGUCACCCAACAACCUAUAUAUUCGAAAUUUGGCGCAAGCCAAUCAAGAACAGAACUGAUAGAGAACAAUGGAAUAGCGCAUUCGGUUCUUUCUCUCGACUGAAAAAAUGUCGAGCUUUCUUUGGCGCGGGCUACUGUGGGUGAAAAAAACAAACAACAAACAAAAAACGCGCAAGCAAGAAUGGAAUUGAGCCCAUGCGUUUCUGGAACAACACACCAGUUUUCGGGCGGGAUAAGGCGGGACAAAACUGAUUCGAGUCGUAAACGGCUCGAAUUUGUUUUUGCUUUUUUGGUUGAAGGUGGAUUUUUUUGGUGUUGCUGUUGGUGGUUCCGAGAAAGGAAGGAAGGAUGGGUGUUUUUUUUUCGCACUUUCCCCGACCCAACAGAUUCUUCAUCUGCUGUAUGUGCUUCUUUUGCAAGGUAUCUCAUCAUCUUACAAAUUUAUGAAGGGUAUAAUAUCAUUCCCCUGACGCCACUAACAUUGGAUCUCUUAGCUUCACGUGUGCCCCCUAUUUUCGUCAAACACACUGCAGCCCACCUUGCGCCCUUAUGACUCCCCUACCGAGCAUCAUACCAAUAUCUUCAGCUUCAAUUUGAACAACCUCAUCGCACGAGCAAAAUCCCACCACCUGCGAUCAUGAAGGAGUCUGUCGACCUUCUCGCCGAGCUGCAGCACGAAAUCUGGGAACAAGAGCUCCAGGGACAAGUGAAAUCGCCGAACGGAAAUCCAUACUGCCGAUGUAGAGAGGCCAGAUACAGAUAUCGCAACGCUAUUGAGUGUCACUGCCAGAGCCAGAGAAGCAAGUUGCGUAGCCCUCAAAUCCUCGCGCCUUCACGACAGAUCUUCAACAAAGCCACAUCAACCCACUGCGAUCCCUUGAGAUCAAAGUCAAGGACUACGCGAACUACCAGACAACUGUAUCAAGCACAUCAAGAUCGUGCUAGCUAAGGCGUCAGUUGAAAGAUCCCAGGACGUGGCAGGAUCGGACAUCAAGAACGCGAAACUUGGGAAGACAGCUACUAGGAUAUGCCGAAUCUGCGAAAGGUGCUUUUUCGUGUUUUCACGAAUUGCGAUACCGACCUACAUAACUUCGGACGCGGAGCCUCUUUUUGAGAGGAGCUUUGAAGGGUGACAAGCUGGGAAAGAUCGCAAUUGACGUGUAUUACCGCCAUGCUCGCGUCCUGAACGCUUUUGGGCGCGGGUUCUCGGAUCGCUGGUGGAGGGUGUGGCAGGGCAACUUGGUCAGGACAUGGAGUUGGCGAUCAAGAAGGACGCGAAGGCGCUUGAAAAAGAGAUGAAGAGUCGGUUGUUGGAGUUCAACUCUCUGAAGCAAGCACAACAGCGGGAGGGAAAUUUGGAGUGGUGGCUCUACCAGGUUUCAAGAGAAAGGAGUCAUGGCUUGUUUCUUUUCCGUGCGAAUGUGAGAAUGGCGCUUCCAGGCAAGAAGGAUAGCAUCGUAUGAGGACCACUGCACCGUAAUAUCCUGCGCGAUAUCUUUCUCUCCUCUUACAGCCUAGCGCCUCUGCUCUACUCAACACUGUACACCAACUUCUCUCCACUGACCCUCCCCUGCCUCAAAUCCUCCAAUCCCUCCAACACACCCUCUAACCCACCCUUCCCAAUCCUCAUCUCCACCGGUGUCAAUUUCUUCUCCUCGAUUAACUUCUCCGCCAGUUUCCACCACUUCUGCGCGAAUGCCCAAUUCCCCUCUGUCGGCGUAAUUGUAUUCCCGAAGAAGGUAUACGGCUCUCCAACAGCGGAAUAGCCCAACGUGAAGUCAUGUUCAACAUCCUGCCGGGGGAACUCCAAAGGCAACAGAGCGCGAUAUUUUGCAAUGUUAGAUUUCGAAGUGAGUGCAUCAGCGCAAAUCCGUGCACUAGAGGAAGAAGAAACGCAAUCCAUGGCGAAUUUCAGAUCAUCUCCCGUGGCUUCCUUGAUUUCCCGCGCACAUUUCUCACCGUCUUUAUAAUCCACCACAACAUCCGCCCCAAGCUCUUUCAAUUUUCCGAAAUUUCUGGGUGAACAUGUCGUGAUCACCUUCAUCCCACUUAAUUUCGCAUACUUGAUCGCGUACAUACCCGUAGCAGUAGAUCCACCAUAUAUCAAAACCCACUCCCCCUCCCUGAUCCCCUUUCGAUCUGUCGAUCCAGGCCACGGCAACCCCAUACUCUCAUAAAAACUCUGUCCCACCGUAUUGAUCCCCGUAGGCAUGCUAGCAGCUUCCUCAAACGUCAUGAAUUCCGGUACAUGAAUUUGGAUUUCUGCUUUCGCGAGCGCAAAAUUCGCAAAAGCACCCGAGGAAGGAUUUUCGUGCUUCAUGCCGUGGAUGAAACCCAUUACGCGGUCGCCGACCUGAAAUUUUGGGUGGCCAUUGGGGUCGACGACGGUUCCAGCAUAGUCGCAUCCGCAGGAGUGGUUGUAGUUUUCUUUGGCGACGUUGUGGAUGUGUUUCCAAUCUGUGGGAUUCAGGGCUACUGCGGCGAUCUUGACGAGAAUGUAGUCUUUUGGUGGUGGAGAAGGGACGGGGACAUUCUGGUCGAUGUUCGCUUUUCCUAGGCCUGUGCAUUUGAUUGCACGCAUGGAGGUAGGGAGGGACAUGCUUGGCGAGCUGAAGAUUCGGAGAGACGGAGAGCGUAGAAUGGAAGAGCCUUCAGCCCAAUGAUAUAUUAUACUUACGUCAGUCGAUGCCUUGAGUUGAAGUUCGGUUAAACUCAGGUAUGACGCUGUUUGAAGCUGGACGCGGCUGCGGACGCGGGCUGCGGUUUCAUACUGGAUAGCUCUUCUGGUAGACAUUGGUUAGCAAAUUCGGUCGUAGGAGACGACACUUGAACUGUAUCCGGUACUUCCGUCACGCUGUAAGCGUUUGCUGAUUGUGGGAUCAUCUCAAAUAAGUGUAAAUUCUUGUUGGAUUCUCAUGUUGAAUGUCGACAUUCAAAGAAGGGUAUCUCAAGCCUAGCCAGCGCCGUUCCCGCUUGUAAACCUGCAAUCUCCAACAUGCUUUUGAAAGACCUCUCGGCAGAAUGCGUGAUAUGCCGAUGCACCUAUGGCUUCGGUAUGUGCAGCGUCUUGGACAGCAUGCAGCAUCCGUGAGCCAAGAACAGGCCGACGACUGGAUGCAUCUCGAGAAUCGAGCCUUGCGCGAUGGUGCCCAAUGGGAUGCUCUCCUGCACCCAGUCCUUCGAAACCCAAAAGGCCAUCAAUGCAGCAAUACCCAAGCUGGUCGGGAUUGGAAGUCCCUCGAAGUACUUGGCCUUGCCAUUGGCGUCCUUUGGUACGCUACCUGUGGUGACAUUGAAGCGCGCGAGUCGAGCGAGGCCGGCGAGAACGAAGCACGUGAGCAGAAGCUGGUCUAGAGCAGUACGUACGCCGAGGGAGAACGCACAGGCCGCGGGAGCGCAUCCGAACGAGAUCUAGCCACGGAUAUCAGUAUUUGUCCAAUCCCGCUCUUUCUGACAUUUGUACGCACCAGAUCAGCCAACGAAUCCAACUCAGCGCCCAUCAGACUGCUCUUCUUGCGCCACCUCGCAACCUUGCCGUCGAAGAAGUCGAAGAACAGACCGAAUGGCAUGAAAGCCAAUGCGGCCCACAAGUUGGUCUUGUCGGAUUGAUUCAAGCAGUAGCGCAUGGAGGAGAGAAUGGACAUGACGCCGCAGAAUCCGUUCAUCAGAGUGAUCAUAUCGGCGAGGUGAUAGGCGCGGACGAGGGAGAAAUGGCCGGGGCUGGGGUCGUUGAGGAGGCGCUCUUGCUUAUCCUGCUCUGCGGUUUGGAAUUAGCCUGGUGCUCUCAAUUGAAAGACAACUCCUCAGACUCACUUGGCUUCUCAGUGACCUCCUUGAUUGCCUGGUCGAAGCCGCCAUUGGGGACACCGGAUCGCUUCGACAUGUUGGCCGUAGGGUUGUUCGUAGCUCUGUUGGAUGAUUGUCUGGAUCGGUAUUAGUUCGAAGCCCAGGAGAAUGGCCGACCGAGAGUAAGAACGAUGGUGUGCAAGCAGCAGCGUGGAGCGUGGGAAUGUGGCGGCCAGAAGCAGGUAAAUUGUCACAGUGAAAGGUGUAGGUUGAAGUUAUGAAGGUGACCUUGUUUCUGGAGCGUCUGCCAACAAACAUCCGCCGGCGUCAUCUGUGGGGCGUUUUCGCGUCCACGUGCCUUCCCAUAUUCGCGCUAGUCCGCGCUCCUUGGCUUCUCGUUUCAGUGAUCUGGGAAGCACCACCUUCUACUCGUACAUAUACAAAGCGCCGCCAUUCAGCAGCAUACCAGUCUUGACGAAGCGCCGUGAACUGGUUCACAUAGCUGCUGCAAAGAUGACACUCAGCAGAGUGUAUGCUUCUCUGCCUUUUCCACGGCAAAACAACUGGACAGCGGCUGCUCUGCCGAUCCAGGCUCAUGCGGCAAGCGAGGCAACGUAUCAUCACAUCGAUUUGCUUCUCGACCAAGCGUUUGAGUGGUCCGCCGAGUGACUCCGCAAACACCGCCGAGCUGGACUGCAGGUCUGGCAGCACCAAAAAGACAUGCGGCAUUGAGGUUCCAUUGGUUGCUGUGGCAGCGCGGCAGAUACCAACGAAGCGCGCAACGAGGCUUGCCCGAGGAAGCCGGGAUCCCUCGUGGACAAUACCAAGACCGGAUCUAUCGUUGAUGAAGCCUAUUCCAGCAUUGAAAGCUCCAAAUCUCCAGUGGACACAUGCCGCAAACCCAUCGCUUGUAGCACAACCACUCCCGUACAACUUGGCUGCCACGAUAGCUGUUGCGAGGACACGCCGACGGACUUGUUGGCCGACACACGUGCGGACCAUUGUUGCAAGGCGCCUCCGGAUCCUCGAACCACGACUGUCUCAUCAGCCUGCAGCAAGCACCUCGAGGACUCAUUGGAUCGAUACGAGAAUCUGCUGCUGAUGGGACGAGGUCUUUGCCGUAAGAUUCUUUACCGGCUUGGUAUAUGUUGCUGCUCACUCGGCCCGAAUAGCUUGCCUCAGGAGCUUGUAUGUGACGGUCACAAUAUCUUCAGCUACAAGAUCGCCGCCACAACUACCGCAAAAGCCACGUCUGGUAUCAGUCAGAGCAUGAGUCCACACUAUUCACAAACGACUAUGCCCUCUAAGAAGUAUCCAAUCUCUACCAGCAAGCCCGUGGAAGGUAGAGAUGUGGAACGCGAAGCCGCAAGGGAGCAUGUAGUGUCCAAAUUCUCGGGGAUGACCUGCAACGGUUGUGUUGGAAAGAUGAUGAAUGACUUAUGCCGCAUGCCUGAGCUAUCGAAUACAGAGGUUGCGUUCGUGUCAGAGCUGGCCGAGUUUGAUCUUGAUAACAAUGUUGCGGCCAUGGACGAUGUCCUUUCCCGAGCCAAGAAGUAAACUGGAUUCAAGCUUGCUCGAAUUGUCAGCGGAUAUCGGGCACCUGGACCUUCCAAUGCCGUCUGAGACUGCCAAGACAUGUGUGAGUGACUGCCUGGAUGGCGUUGUAUCAUUCAACAAGCAGAAAGGCGAGACCUAUCUUGUCACUAACAACUAGCGCAUAUUUGAAGCACGCUUGCUUCUCUUGCUCAAUGCGAAGCUUGCGCGUCCUGCGGUCGACAUCAGCGUCAGAGAAGGCACACGUCGUCUUCGACACAUGCCGUUAAGCUUCAUUGCGUCUGCCACGCUAACGAUAACGAAUGUAGAACUCGGGUAGUCCGACAUUUCACUGCCAGAAACCACCCGUCAGAUCUUCUCUCUAAUGCGUGCGACGUUCGUUCACCUUCUUGCUCCUCCAGAAUUCUACAUCGGCGCUAUAAAAUCAUUGCUCUAUAGCCGCGUCAUUGAAAUGGACAUGCUUGUUGUCAUUAGCACGUGUGUAGCCUCGGUCUUUUGAAUGGACACCUCUCACGAAUAGAUGUUAAAAGUGGUAAAUAGUGAUUUUGUAAGGCUCAUUGAGUCUAGGGCCAUGAGCGGUCGUUCAACACGGUCGGGGGCUUGGGGCCAGCAUUGCCAAAUGUUGUUGUGACACAUGUAGCACUUAAGCUGAAAUUAACCUUGGUGCUGAACAGGCGAUACUCUCUGGUACAACAGCUAGGAGUUUCUUCUGAUUGACGCUUCAUGUACCUCCUAGCUUUCUGACAGCCUGCCACUGAGUCUUUGGAGCCUUGGCGCACACGUGCUUUCGUGGUUGUCGCGCUAGUCCAUUUUAAGCCUUCGCGCCUGCUCUCUGCUUCUCACCACUUGACAUGCAUCAACACAGAAGCGUCAACAUGGAAACGUGAUCAUUUCCCUUUCACCGCCCUCAUCAAAGCGCAUACACCACAAGAAUGAACAAUGGCCACGAUAGCAGCGCGACCUGCCCCUCAAAGCCCCCUUGACGCAGUCUUCACCUCGGUGUUCCCACCCAAAAACCACACAACGCCAACACCGGAAGCUACUCCAAACAUUGGCACACUUGCGUCUCCAGCAACCCCAUUUGGAGGCUUCGAUCUGCCACGCAACCCGGUCGAUGCCGCCGCAAAUCUAAGCCGAGCCUGGAGCACGGCGACACGCUUCCUUUCCUUGCCCCCGGAAUUUACAUCCACUCGGCGGACACGGAGCAGCGAAAACGUCGAACGCGCAUUGAACUAUCUGUUGUCCGGGAUUACAUCCAGAAGAGAGCUUCUGGAAUGGUACCUCGACGAGAUUCGCACCCAUUUUCGCCAUUUUGUGCUUCCAAAGCUGCAGGCUUGGGAGAAACCUAUUCCGAUAAACGAGACACGCCCAUUAUUCGCGACCUCUGUACAGGUUCUCCAGCAGGCGCAGACGCUCUACUUGUCACUAACAACAGACUCGAAGGAGGCAUCUGGUUUCGCAGAGCAAGUGAAAGCCGACUUUCAUGUGCUCGUGGUCAACACCCUGCCGCGCGAAAGGAUUCAGAAGGCACUCGCCAGCUAUGUAUUCCAGACGAUGAAAGAGGAACUGGAACAGAAUGUCCAGGAGUGUCUCCGGGAGACCUCUUGUACAUGUUGCAUCACAUGCAAUCCGCAAGCGAUGACUCAGCUUCAGGACGUAGGUCUUGGUGGCAGCCACGGCGAGCGUGCCCUCGCACAUGCUGUGUACAAGAUUCUCGAAGGGCCUGCUAUUGAGAGAAGAUGCUUUCAGGUUGACUGGAGCAACCGAUUGCCGACUUUUGCGAAAGUCCACAACUGGGCUCGCGAGGUACUCAGCCCUUCGAUUGAGCGAGCACUGAGAGCCAUAACAGGAAAUGCAACUGCCGAGGCGCCUGCUGAACAAUUCAUAUCCGCUGCUAUGAGCAGCUUUGGCCGACUUCGUACCCAAUCGCUAUUCGACUACGUCAGCAGCUGGCCUGCCAGCGAGUCGGCAAUCCUUGAUAUUCGCGAAUAUCUGAACGUGGCCGGCUCAACAAAAGCGCAACUCUGCUCCAGCUUCUCGGAACAAAUGCAGCGACGCUUACUUCACGCUGGCGCCUGUACCACCGAAAUACUUAGCAUGUACAUCAACGUGAUCAACGUAUUCAAGGUGUUGGACAACCGCGGCGUGCUGCUCGAAAAGGUGGCUAUACCUAUCCGCAGCUACUUGCGUAGUCGUGAAGAUACUGUCACGGUGAUUGCUACAAGUCUCCUUGCUGAGGUCGAUGAAAACGGAGAAGUGCAAGGUCAGGAUGUCGACAAGGUCUGCGUCGAUAUUUCCAUCGCGAUCGCUCAGUCAGCAGUUGGUGCACAGGACGACAGACUACUGAAUUGGAACGACAUGGACUGGGUGCCAGAUCCCAUCGACGCCGGGCCAAACUACAAAGCAUCCAAAUCAGAUGAUGUUGUAGCCUACGUGCUGGGGCUCUUCGACACCGACGACUUCAUUAAGGCGCUCUCUUCGGCUUUUGGUGAUCACCUUCUCCGUGUCCAAGAGACAGAGCUCGUUAAGGAGACCAGACUUCUUGAAUUGUUGAAGUCCCGCUUGGAUCCCUCUAAACUUCAGCAAGUGGAAGUCAUGCUGAAGGAUAUCCGGGAUUCGAAACAUCUCAACCAACGGGUCAACCCUCAUCCACGGCAGCGCGCGAAAGUCACGCCAAAAGAACUCCAGGAUGCGUUGCCAGAAGAGGGCAUUACUUUCCAUUCCCUAUGGCAGCAGUUCAAAGACCGAGCGGAGCCCAGCGAACUUGGAGCUCUCCUCAAAGUCGUAGCGGCAAAGCGCAACGACCUAUUUUUCCCGAAGCGCAAGCGCUUACCGUCCGCGCCGCAGGAGCCGGCUACCUCUCAAGACGACAAAAUGUUGUUCGAGGCCAAAAUUCUCUCGAGCUAUUUCUGGCCUCAGCUUCGCGAUGUGGACUUUCGAGCCCCGACACAAGCGAAAGAGCAGAUGGAGAGGUUUGAGAGUGUAUUUGCGAAUACCAGCGGACAGCGAAAGCUAGUAUGGAGACACGGGCUCGGCACUACCGACCUGACGCUCGAGAUGGAGGACCGCACCAUCGAGGAACAAGGUGUCGAGAUCUGGAAGACCACCAUCAUUGACGUCUUCGCAUCUCAGCGACCAGAGGAGGCCAAGACGCCUGCCAUAACUCCUAAUGAAGAUGGGAUGACUCUCAGAGAUCUCAUCGACACGCUUAACAUGGAUGAAGACUACGUACAGAGCGGUGUCAGCUACUGGGUCAGCAGGCGCGUACUCUACGAAAAGUCAGAAGGACGAUAUGCGGUACUCGAGCGUCUUGACAUGGAUAUAGAAUUUGUGGAGGAUGGCUCCCACCUCGACGUCGAAUCGAUUUCGGCCGUCAAGUCAGAGCUCGCAAUGCUACGGGAGAAUGCGCCAAUGUUUCAGAACUUUAUCGAUGGCAUGUUGCGCAACGGGGGACCAAAGGAGGUUGGCGGUAUGAUGGGUAUCACGAACAUGCUCAAGAUGGUUAUGCCUACCUUCACAGGAGGGGAUGAUGAGGUGAAGUGGUUGCUGGAAGAUAUGCAUAGCAGAGAUGCUGCGAAGAAGGAGGGCGACUUGUGGUCUGUCACUUGAGUGGCAACAACCGCAAGGACCCAUGCCAACAACACAACGAGCAAUUGACUGAACAAACAUACACGGUACCUAAACAGAGUUAUCGCCACCGAAGGGGCCAAUGACAUGAAAGCGUCGACUUAAUCUUCCCAGGACCUUGGAGCAACCCUCAAAAUGAUACCGAGUACGACGUUACCCGAGAAUCGCAAAUUCCACAAACGACUAUAAGAAUCAUGAACUCCAUCAUUGUGAGAUCUCAAAACUCAAGCCUCAACCGGCUUCUCCCCAAGCGGCACACGAUGCCACGCAUUAGCCAAAAGCCCUCUGAAAUUCCAAAUCCCAUCAAAAGUCGGCGGUUGACAAUUAUGCGACUCAUCCACCGCCUUGACAACAAACUCGGCGUUCUCUGAAACUUCCUCUUUGGGCCAGUUGAUGUCCCAUAACGUCCAUGCCCAACGUUUACUGCCCUUCGCAUCAUCCUUACGUAGACAGGCUUGUUUCCACGUCUUGCCUCCGUCUGCGCUGACAUCUACUCGCACAACACGACGACCGCCUCCGCUGUACGCGAAGCCCUGAACGGAGACGGGUUCGGUAGCGCUGCUAGGGGAAAUCUUUGUGAUGGCGCUCUGAAUCGGGAAUUCCUGGAUGGAUUCCGCCGCAUUCCAGUCUUCCUGCGUUACAUCGGAAGCUUUGAGUUUGUUUGGACCAAAACAUUUGUAAUCGCGGGUGUGCCAAUUGCUCUGAGACUCCUCGCAGCUGAUUCGGACUUUUCCAAGCCACUUUACGCUUCGAGUGGCUACGCUGCCGGGCACGAUGGCGCGGAGGGGGCCGCCGUGGUCGCGGGGCAUGGUUUCGCCGUUCAUCUCCCAGGCUAGGAGGACGUCGGAGGUAGGACUUAGCGCGGAUUGAAUGGGAAUUGAUUGCUCGUAGGUAUCGCUCGGAGCGCAGAAAUGGACAUGGCGAUCCGCUUCUUCGUCGUCCUUGCAAGGCUUUUGAUCGACGUCGUAGCCUGAUGCCACGAGCACGUCUCGUAGUCGGGCUCCCUUGAAUUCUGCUGUUCCGAUGGCGCCUACGUCCCAGCCUAAACCGGAGGUCUUUCCGUUGGCGGCCUUGUUCAUAUGGCUUCUACGAUUACCCGCACAUUGCAAAGUAACCGUGACGGAAUGGGAUUCGAAUUUGCGUUUCAGAUCCUCGAUACUCCAGGAGACUUCUUCGCCGUCGGGAAGUUCGAUUUGCAAGGCGUGCGUUUCCGGCUCGAUGUUAGGAACCCAGAGAUGAUUUCUCACAAAAAACAAUCUCAAAGGCGUAAUGAAGUCCGCGAGGAGAGUUCCUGGAGUUUCCGCAUUACAGGGUUUCGCGGUCAGGAUGUUCAGUUCUUCGCAUCUUUCUGGAUCGUCUUUGAAAGGGUCGUCGACGGCGUUGGCGUCUUUUCCGAGAACGGUCCAGUUGAUGGAUCCAUCUGCUUUGAGAUCUCUGGCGUCGAUCUCGCCAAUGGAGUAAUCGUCCAGGAUCUUUCGGACUUCGGGUUUCUGGUGGAUGGAAAACAAUUGCCAAAAUGGAUCAAUGCUGCCGCCGCAUGCGCGAAGAAUGACUUUGCCGCCUGGAUGGCAGUCGAUAAAGUCGGUGAUGUCGUAGACUGAAGUACCGCUGAUAACCCAUUUCUGGGCGUUGUUUUCGUCGUGUUGGGAGACCUCGGAAAGACGGAAUGUUCCCUGAACGUCGCUGUGGGAAUCUGCAGCUGAUUAGCAAAAUUGCUUCCAAAAUCGACGACAAUUUAUCAAUGGUCAUUGUCGAAACGACCGUCGAUACUAUCGAAAAGCUCACCUUCAAUAUGCUGAGCCUCCUGCUCGUCGUCGACGUGCCUGAUGAUAUCCACCCGUUCCUGAACGUACGACGCAAGAGGUGCUGCUAGAAAAGCAACAGCAGAAGCGCCGAAUAAAAUCGCCAACGCCCCAGCAGCAUUACUCCUCUUCGGUGUCCCGAUAAACCUCCCAUCGCUCUUCGUCGAGAUAUACCGUCUCCAGCCCUGCCAUCGAAACCUCUCGCCGUGUAUCCCACUCUUGCCAUUCGUGCACUUCCCACCACCGGGCGCAAUCUUCCCAUUCACCUCCCAUCUCUUAGCCUCGCGCGUGAAAGCACGGAAUUUCCCAAUCGGGACGUUAUAUCGGGUCUCCGGGAGCGUCCGCAGGCUUUUCGGGAUGCCGAUCGCAUGUUGCAGCCGCAUGGGAGGCAUUUUGCUGGUUUCUCUGGUUGUUCUUGACGGAAGGUGAGCAAUCACGCAAUCCGAGCUAAGGACGGCGAAAAGUGGGGUGUUUGGAAAGGUACAGGGCCUGUGUCUUCACGUGACUGGGUUUCGCUCCGACGGUCCGGCAGGAUUGUCGCUAGUCGCGCGCGAGAGGCCGAAUAUCUGCAGUGGUGAGGUGGUGGUUCAGUGGAUUCUUUUCUUCAACGGGAGAGGGAGAGGGAUGAUGGGUAUGAGUAGAUCUGCAGUGAGCUGGGAGGAUAUUGGUCGACAUAUAUACAUCGAUCCUCCUCAUCGCGCAGCAAACGAGCAUCCCGUCGAAGAUGACGAAUUCGUCUGAGUGGCACGAGAGCACUGUGUAGUCACAGUUUGAACAGUCCGCCAUGGACAAUUGGUGUUACUCGAGAUACCUGGAAAAGAGCUCAUUAAGUGCAAAAUCAUCCCUCAUCUAUACUGCUGUACUCGUUCCUUCGUUCUCAUUUCUGUCGUUCUUCGUGGUCAUCAUCAGAGCCAGUCAGGCUAGCCAUCUCUUCAUCAUCAUGACUGACUCGCUCGUAUUGUUGCGAAGGCGAAACGCCUCCUGUUUGACCCAUCUCCGGCUUUGGAGGCUCAUGCUGAUCCAACUUGAUAUUAACAAACGCCACCCAAAGGCCAAUGUCAUACGUCAACCGGCAUGCGCCACCAGCGACGAAGGCGACCCAGAAUCGAUUGCUGCCUGCGAGGAAGCCGGUGACCAUAGGUCCAGCAGUCGCCGCCAGCGUUCGUAUCAUCGAGGUGAUGCCCAUCACUGCGGUCCUCUCUUCCGGCUUCACGACUCCAGCGAUCAAAGCCGAGCGAGGCGCUUGGUCCAUGUUGUUCAAACCAGCUCUGACGAAGAGCAACAGAGCCGUCAUCCAGAAUACGGUCGGGAACGGAAAGACGAGCACUGCGGCCGAACUUGGAAUAUGAGUGAAUACCAUGGUGUUCACCAGACCGAUUUUACGGGAUAGUGGACCGGCAAAAACGCCACCGACUGCGGCUAAGACAUAGGAGACUGAUGUGACGUCUCCGAGUGUGCUUUUCUUCGGGUGGAAUUUGUCGUCCAUGUAGUAGUUUGUUAGGGAAUAUGGAACCAUGCCGUCGCUCAGAGAGUCGAUGGCUAGGAGGAUCCAGAGCUUGUACAUGAUGCCCAGGGUUGGUAGGGAGAUAGGACCCAUCCAAGAGAACAGCCAGGAGACCCAUGCUUUCUGUUGAGGCUGGGAUGUUGGAGAAGGUUCAGGGAUGGUAUGCUGACAAUCCGGACUAUCGACUAGUUCAAUGCUAUAAUCUUCAGAAUCAUCUUGCGGGACGUGAGCGUAGGUCUCCAGUGUCUUCUCUGCUUCACAAGCAGACGAGAGUAGGAGGACGAGAAUGGCGUUCACAAUGCCCAUUACCGCGUAGAUCCAGAACAAGGAAUGGUAAGCAUCCUUCAACGUCCAGUUGUCGAGCGAUUGAAGAUAUUCAAUGAUUCGUCCCGAGGCCUCGCUGCCGACUGUCGACCCCAGGGCUGACAAGGUGACAUACCAAGCAAGAACAUCAGCUCUCGUCUUCGAAGUCGUGAGCUGCGAGAUCACGGAUCUAAUGACUGUCAGCAUGUCAUUAUCUACCACAGGGACUUUCCAACUCACUCCUCGAUGCUUCUGAAUGGCCCGAAAUCACCACCGGUGGCGCUCACCACUCCAAUCACGGCGGCGAAAAGCAGGAUCCAGAAAUUCUCGAACCAGGCGAAGAUGAUGCCUGUCAUGACCAUCAAGGCACUUCCGCCGAGCAAGAUCUUCCUCCUCCCAACGCGGUCCGCGAUGAGGGUGAGGAACGUUCCGAGAAGCACAUCACCGGCCAGCGUUAGUGUCAUGAACAAGCCAAUCUGAGAAUCCGAGAAUUCAAUCUCGGCGAAGAAGAGAGCUAUGGUACCUUUACUCAGCCGCAGUUCUUCUCUCCCGCCACGGAUGUGGAUCGACGACUUACCCAGUAUCAAGGAAUUCGUUCCGUAUGCAAACAUACGAAAACUCCUGGCGAGGAUGAUAAGCCAUGCAUUCUUGCCCGUUGCCUGGACGGAGUCGAGGCCGAAUUCAUGGUAGAACCAUGCGAACGGACGGACUAUCGCUGCCAUCCACCUUCGCUUCGAGUACACCUGUAUGGUGUUGUUGAAAGAGAAGUGGCAUUUCCUCUGGACAGACGCAAUCAGUCAUAUCGUUGUCGGCGUGCUUUGCAGCGAAAACAGCAUCAUCGGCCCGAUGUCGGCGUGGGAUCGUCACUCACCUGAAGGCCGCCUUCCAUCUUCCAUCUUCCGUCUUUCUUCUUCACUUCUGCAGUCCUCUCAAAUUGUGUUCACCGAAUACGCCGACACUAGAAAGCCUUCAGUCACGCACCAAGAAGUGCUUUCACUAGCGCAGACAAACGAUAACUGGCUAAUCCGGCGUUUUUGCGAUGCGGCAUUCUCUUUUGCCUAUGCUUCUGAGGCCUGAACUAUGCGAUUCCGGCUGCAGAGGUUGAAUAGGAAGAUUCGACGGAGCGAUAAAGAGGCGAUUCUGGCGUUCGCUUACCAGGAAUAAUGAGGCAGGACGCCUUUACAGGAGAGAUAUAUAACCUGAUAGAUAAUGCCAUUGGAACAGAGUAUACUACCACGCAUCACAUCAAUCACUCAAUCACAGUUCCUUUUGCUCAUGACCAACUACAGAAGGAAGAUCAACGCAUUAAGUGCCGCAGCACCAGCAAUCGAACCCUUCCCAACAGGAAUCCUAUCGUGCCCCGCUGAGCCUUGGACAGCUCCAUCAAUCGCCCCUCUUCGAUUCCUUGUCUCGUACACGAGCACAGAGCAUUCUGAAUGUAUCAUCAGAAUGAAUAUGCUGUGGAGGCUCAGAACUCGACGACCGUGUCCGACGCUUCGCAUUUCGCGGGCACGAUGACGCUCCAUCAUCGAGAAUCUCGUUGGCUUCACGGCAAGCCUUUGGGGGUCGACAUCUUGAAUGUUCUGGAAUCGGCAAUCGUAUUUGCGUGCCAUGUCAAAAGCAUAGCUCGAGCAACACUGUCUGCAAGAAUGUGGUCCCAAGACUGCCGUGGUGUGGGUUGGGAGCUCGUUCUGAGGCGAGCUCCUUUCUCUUGCGCACGUUUUGAUGGAGAAUAUGGAUGAAAUGUAGGUCAUGCUUGUUGUCGUAAACGAUUGUCUGAAUUGAUGUUCCGACUGUAAGUCUUGACGAGAACCGCUCUUGGCGGACGCUUGGUUGGGAACAGGCCUGGGAAGCCGAAUCGCCAACGAGCAGCUAGGAUACAACCAUUGUGGUGCACAUCUUCGAAUGUAUGGGUAUCUCUUCCAAAAACAUCCAGGCCAUCAAGAGCCAAUGAGUUCUAGGUCUGGGAGUGAGAAAUCAGCACAGCAAAAUAUUGAUACUUCGUUCAGAUAUACGUACAUCAGGGGUUUGGAUGUUCGAUAUCUCAACAAGGACUGCACGGCUCUUGUGCUGGCGCCGAGUCAUGUUGCGAGCCAGUAGUGGGCGUAUCGUCAGCUUGUGCUCCGAAGAUUUGCCUUAGUCGAACGAGUAUGGAGUCAAGAGCUUGCGCAGAAGAUGGCGAGGAAGGCGAUGUUGCGGUUGAUGAUGUCGAGACUGAUGCUCUAGCCGUCGCCGAGCCUUGCGACUGACCUGUCGGGGUAUUGCUUCUGAUGUAACUUGUUCGUAAUUUUGUUGCGGCGCCUAGAGACGUUGGUCGUGCACUGUCGUCGUUGAAGCGGCUUUCUGGCUUGUUGUGACUCUCUGGCGAACGAUGUCCAGUACAGCCCGGACAUAAUAUUGGAACGCUGGGAAGAGGCGGAGUAGGUGGUGUAGGUUCCUCUUGCCGUGGAGGGGACGUCUUGCUACGCGGUAGAGGCGGUAGAGGCGGUGCUGGACUUCGUGAUUUGCGGAUUGAUCUUGGGACGAGAUCCCACUCCGGCCCAAGCGUGAUGCUCAUCCGCUCUAUGGGCGUUGUUGAUGAAGGUGGAAGCGGAAACUGAAAGACUUGUUGCUGCUCGCAUGCACCAGCUGAGGUGUCAAGCCGAAGUUUUGGUCGCAUACUUGCUGCUAUCGCUCCUGGCCGCUGCUUGGGGCGUUGUAUGCCUGCACGAGAUGCGAUUGCCUUGCCCUUUUGGCCUCGGGCGUGCGGAAUAUCGUCGGAGAGCCUAGCACCGUUCACAGGAUGGUUGCAAGAGGACGGUGUCCCGCCAAUUGAUAAGUGAAUAUUGUGGGUCGAUAUUGUGUUUCAAUGAGGAUGCUGAUCGCUACGGUGCUUUAGGCUUCGGUUUGUGGGCGCGAAGAACUGUUGUCCCGGGAUACCACACUGUACAUUUCCGUACGCCAACUUCUAGUAGAGAACGUAGCGUCUCGCCAAUGGCGGCACUGGGGUGAUUAUAAGUCCUAUCGAAUUGCUGUUAAACCUUCCCUUGUUCUGGAAUGGCACUCGUCGAUAACGUAAGAGAAGCUCUAUAAUGAUGAGGUACGUACCGGAUCGAAACACGCGGCGUCAAACAUAAUGGCGUUGAGCCGUUGGCUGAAGCACACAGACUGAGGUUGUGAUCUCCCGUCAAGGCUUGAUUGGUCGCAUCCGCAGGUAUCCUGGCAAAGCUUCUCGAAGCCGAGCAGUUGAUAUAACCGCCAUUAGCAGGAUCCUCCAAUGACGGCGACGCUGUACGGAAGGUCGGCAUCCAAAUGCAGUGGUUCUGAAAAGGAGGGGAAUGAUCAUUCAUGGGCCAGACUGCAUCGAGUUUCAGCCAUUAUGGCUUGUUGCAUCUCAGAGACCGGGUUGCUCGUAUUCUCAUGCUCGCUUGCCGUUGAUGUCUAUCUGCCGUCGUGGGGUCGGCAUUGUGAAACAUCAUUAGCGGCCGUUUGCUGUGCAAGUUGCAAGAGAUUUGCGCUUGUGCCGGCAGUGGAGCAAAAGAAUCGGGAGAGAGGCGCGGGUGAAGAGCACCAGGUUCGCGACGACGGCAUUCCGCGCUCUGCCGGUAUUCCGCGCUACGACGGUACUCUGCGCUUCGCCAGCAUUGCCUCGGCGAGUUGAUGAUGGCCUCCUGACUGAGGAAGUGCGCUCAUAUCAUAUCGGACAGGAGGAAUGCAGGCGCAAAGCCCAAACACAUGACGGGACGGGACGGGCUUUGCGGAGGCGGCGGGCAGCGGACGGGCGCCAAGCCACGUUUGAGGAGAGCUGGCGAAACUUACCUUUUAAGGUUCAAUCAAUGUCCGCGCCACUCGGGCACCCGUUUCACGUGCAUGCCAAGCAUGCAUCGACCUCAACCCCAUACCACAACGUCGAUCCGGCUCGCAAAGUUCUCGGCCUUGGACUGGCUUUCGUAUCCCACGGGCAGUCGCGGAAGCAAAUGACUGGAAUGUUGAGAGCGGAGAGGAGACUUGCUGUCUCGUGAUACUUGCCGCCAUCCCAUCGCCCAACGCAAAAGUCUUGGCAUCAGCGCCAUGCCUGCGUGCGCUACCCUCGCUGGAUCAAUUUCGCGAAUGGAGUCAUGUCCUCUCCUGAACACAUGAGCAGACGCCGUGCGAGAAGAUCACGCUGGUUCUCCCUUGGUGACUGCUCCUGACAGUCUCUACACGUGAUCUUGGCAUGGCACACUCGAUCUGCUCUUUCAACCGAACCGACUGAUUCUGGAUCCGACCCAUCGCGAUCACUCUGGCCUCCCACUGCGGAAGCACACGAGGACUACGGCAACUCCGUAGCCGCCAGUAGCCGGACACGCAACAAUUCUUUGACCUGAUUCGAGGCCAGUAUUUCAAGAGUAGAUGGCGGACUGGGUGAACAGAUCAUCCAGCUCAGCAGAAGGGGUUGGUAGCGGCACGCAUUCACAAGACCUUGUGUUGCGUGGAUGUCGCACGACCUGGCAGCCCCUUUCCCGACCAAGCACGGUGAGAUGCUGAGCAGGAUGGAGGAUUCUUAUUAUGCUGCUGCGCCAAUCGACGCACAGCAUCUUUGCUUCUGAUUCGACAAAUCACGAAGGAUGGAUCAGCGUCACCUUCAAUCAGCCCUACGCAUCCUGAAAGCCAUGAGCUAUGUGAUCAAGCAACGCUUGCCUGUCUCUGGAAGGCACUGAACGGCCGAGUCGACGAAGCAACUUGCUCAUCUUCAAUUUGCGCGCCAACUUGCCUGUUUCCAGCUUCAGGGUCCUGAUCAUCGUCAACGUUUCUGGGCCAAGAAACUUUGCUCAGACACUCGGGAUGGCUUUGGGCAUCCCAUGUUAGCUCUGAAUCUUCGCGAUGCACUUCGCAAUUUGAUCCAGCUAGUCGGGACGCUGGCUCUCCUGAAGGCGCAAUGCGCAGAGGUGUAUCAAUAUGGGCGGUGCAUCUGCACGAACUCGUCCGAUUCUGCUAGGACUCAGUUCUAGCCAGCCAGCUUUGCAGCGACAGCCACAUUGAUGUCUUCGAGGACAGGCGACUACAGAAUGUAUCCAGAAUGUCGAAUGCUGCCGCCACUUCCACCAAGGCCGCCACCGACCACAAGGAGCUCUUCAUGCUACUUAGAGACUUCUGCAAACGAUCUGGGCCACUAUCAUUUCCAUGAAAGGAGCGCUCAGUCUGGCCCGGCUGCCACAACUCCCAAUCUAAAUGCUCACACUUCCUGGAGCUCCUCUGUGUCCCCUACUGAAUCUCCUCCGAGAGGAACUAAACGAAAGGUGUUGCACACAAAGAUUGAUGUACGAUGGUCUGUCAGCUGUAGCCUAGCAUUCCGCUAACACGAGCAAACAGAUAAAUCGGUCAUCGAAGAAAGCACAUCACUCCUUCACGGAAGAACGAUGUCACUUUAGCAGCAGUCACAGACCACGCAAAAACAAAGCUGAACCUAUGACGAGUAACAUAAGCCACAGUCAGCGUGUUGAACAGGACAUGGCCAAGAUCACGUCACUCGCUGCAACGAAUUGGGCGCUGGUCGCCCGACUUCUUUCAAGACUAGAUCGCAUGAAUUCGAAUGUAACGAUAUUACAGCACGGAGACAAACGACAGCAUGAUGACAGCCAGGGCGACUGAAGUGGACGCUCGAUGAUGAAGAACACUACAUGCCGCAAGCCUAGUCAUGAAGUAAAGAAAUAUCGGCAGAGUUGACGAAACAUUCGACAGUAUCCUAUGCUUUGUACGGUAUAUGGCCCUUUGCGAAACCAGUGCAGGUUAUGUUGAUUCUGGUCUCUGUCUGACUCGAAUUCUCAUGGACGAUGUCAACAAUCAGCCACGCUACAGAAGGUGUCGUUCUGUACCCUCUGCCAAGUAGCAGGCAUGAUCCCUCGAACGAGAAAAUACUUGCCAAACUCCCCAUCAAAUUUGUACACAGUUCAAACACCAUUCGGGAUCUCUACGCCGGGAAUUAUUUCAUCCCUGAUACCCUCCAGAUCCCUUCAUCAACGCCUAAAGAAAUUUUCACGCGCAGCGAUCCAUACAGUCUGCCCCGGUCUUCAGGUCGGAAAUGAUCUCUGCCUUCCAGCACGGUAGAAUUCUCGCCACGCUAUCUUUCAAACAUUCCGUCUUCGGGACAUCAGCUCUUUGGCGAUUGUAUCGACCAUCUUCAUCCUCGCUCUUCCUCUACUCCUCACUCGUCUCUUGGGGCGGAACUUGUAUUAUCACCCCUUCUCCAGAGAUGAAUCUGCUCAUCGCCGUUCAUUUUCCGCUGCUUCAGCUCUUCCCAAGCCCUGUAGACCGCCACAGUGCCCUCAUUCAGCUGCCAGCUUCUGUCCACGGGAAUCCACAAUCUAUCACGCGAGUCUAAUGCUAGAUCGGUGCUUCACGAUUGCACGAUAUAGCGGAGAUGUAUAGACCAUGUUAGGAAGCCAGUCUGGUUCUUUCUUGAGUAGAUGCCCUGCUGCGAUUGCUGCUUGGAUUGCUUGGGCCCUGAAAGGGACGUCGACACAGCCUGUGAGAGAGAUUUCUGCUGUUCCAUUCCGACUGGCCGUGGCGGAGGAUGAUGAGUUGGUAAGAAGCUGGCAUUUUUGCAAUGGGGAAGUCGACAGGGCUGGGAUAUAGAUACUCUUGGAACGUGCAGUUAUUUCAUUGAGAAGGAAGGGAUCGAUGUCUUGUAAUUGUCAUGCAGCAUGGAGUCAGUAUCAUGCAUUGUACUUUGGUGAUCUCUUCACCUUGCUGGAUCAACGUCCCUCUAAUCUCUGAUUGCCCUGUUCGACCCAACGGGCAUUCGUCCAACUCUCACACCUCCACAUCUGGGACCGGACCUGGCCGAAGCCAUCGAACGACGCCCUGAGGUCGUAGGUACAGUAUCCCAGCAUCCACCCACAAAUCCGCCAACCCAAUUUAUAGAGCCGGCGGCCCUUUGCUCGACAAGAUGCCACACUCCGUACUCUCGUACUUCCGAUCUCUCUCUUGACAAGAGCUCGGAAAUUGAGGUGAAUGGAUCCAGCAUGCAGCCGCGCUUGUGAGCGAUGAAAAUGCACGUCCAGUCUCUGGAGAUGAGGCGCAACUUGCUUCCUUGGACAUUUCAGGUCCGGAGAAUUCUGCGAUGUGACUCUCCUUAUCGGGUGGAUACUUCUGAGAAUGAUCGACUGGCUUUUGUCUCGCACUUGCUCGGUUGAGAUCGAAUACCACAUUGAGUAGGAUAGUCCUGGAAGGUCCAUUGAUCCCAGACGACAUAUGGACUCGGCUUGAGAAAUUAGUGGGGCGAGGCUAUCUUUUCUCAGUCUGUAGUAUCAAAUGUUGGUUCAAACUGAGCUCGUUAUUGAGAAUGUGCCGGCCUUACGAUCAGUUUCGCAGAAUCCGAGGGAACAAGCCUGACCAACGGCCGUAGAAAGACAUUAACAUUUUGAUAUCUCUAACAAGAAACCAUGCAGCCAGCUGUCGCGCCCCUUUCAGAAGCCAUGGGUCAUAUUCAAGACCUCAACCCAAAAGAAGGGGAAAAAAAGUCCCCAGCCAGGCUGAAGCAGUUUCCCCCCAAAGAUUUUGAAACGACCGUCUCGCCCAUGCCUCAUAACGAAACAUUUCCAAUUGCCUCACUUCUUCUCGUCAAGCGGCAAAGGCUGAGACUGAUUGGUCAUGAUCUCAUCUAGUGGGAUGUAGUUUUCCUCAACGCGACCGCACUUCCGUGUCGUGACAUCCGCCGCUCCAGAUUUCUCCAUGCCACUCUCAUUCGUAGAUCCACUGAUACCAGAAGACGCUGGUGCCUGGGCGUCGGAGCCGCCCAUAAGCUCAGGAGCGAAUCGAAUUAGCAGCCUUCGGAGAGCGGGCAUGGAAGCGCAGACGAGCAAGGCGUGGACUUCGACUGUACUCCAUACUCCGAUCCACGUGUAGUCCCAUGUAAAGUUCUGCGAGUCGCCGUAUUCGAUGAGGACCUGAAGACGAAGGACAGCGACGAUGACCACGAAGAGUCCGAGGCCUGAGAUUCAUAGAUUAGCGUCUGAGGGCUCAAGUGCAUUGCGUAAGCAUUACUCACCGAACAUCAGCAUGACCCAAAACUUCUUCCUAUUGUUGAGCUGCAUCUUCCAGAGCGAGCGCAAAGGCAAGCUCAGUAUCAGCACGUCCAAGACCAAGUUCAAGGCAGUCGAUGCCACACCCUGUGCGUUGAUCGCGAUGCACCGUCCGUCAAAUUCUCCGUGCCAUCUUUCCCACGCCAUCGGUAUGGGCCAACACUGGAAUACUGAGACCAGGGCGAAGGUGACUCCGUAUGCGAUGUUGAGUCCUAUGUUGAUAUAGCACCCGGUUCGGAAAUUCCUCUGAGGGAAGAUGCGCAAGUAUGUAAUGAGAAGCGAUACCUUCACCAAAGAUAGGGCAGUGAUGUCGAGAAUUUGAUACCAGUAGUAGAUCUACUAGAUGCGAUUAGCACAUUGCAAAGGAGUCCGAUUUGGAGAAUUCGGAAUUGCACCUUCAAGAUCCACGUAAUGUGAGGAAAUGUUAUGGUCCAGAGAUCUGUGGUGAAGCCGUAUCUGUUCACUGUGUCUCCGUCAGCAUUCAGCCCUCCAGUUUUCCGUAAGGUUCCACAUACGUUCAAAAGCCGACACAGUCAUGGCAAUUAUCUCAAGCAGAGCGAAGCCCAACACUGCAUCAUCCCACCACAACGUAGUGGUAAACCCUGUGCCACCCGGGCUCUUGUGUAUCUUAGACGCUAUUCGUAAGAUGUAGACGAAACAUGAAAUCAGAAGGCCCGCUAUGGCUGCCCCCAAAAUGGAACCCCUCUUGUCUCUUUUUGGAUGUUGGCAUAAUGUCGAGGUGCUGUUCUUCGUUGCUGUUGCGUUGUCAGCACGAAGAGUCACGAUGAAUUCCCGUCGCCAGAUGCCAUACUCAGCUGGUUCUUGACGGUGCAGUUCGCUGUGACGCAUGCUGUCGUUCGGUCGGUGAUGAUCUGGCUGUUGCAGCUGCAUUCGAUGUCGGUCAGGGCACACGAGGAGUUCGCGAUUUCGUUCACGAGACAUGUUCGCUAAGUAGCAGUCAGUCUGCAGUUACAAAAGGUAUCUUCUAUAUUCCGACCUACGCCACACUCUGGCAUAGCAGCGAGGAUCUCUGUAGCUGCCGCCAGCUCUGUCUGGUUGGUCGCAGCAAGAGCCGAAGGCAAGAUAGCCAAGAAGGUCACCGCGCUCCAGAGGACCCUCAUGGUAGCCGUCCUGAGAGCUUCAGAUCGAGUGACCUGCGCACUGCCUAGUCGAUAUGAAAGAGGAUCCCCCAAGAACCCGCAAACGAGAGCUUGAGCGGGGGAUUCUAUCCAAAAUCAAUCCAAACGUUGACUCCUCGGCUCUGGAAAUCGGGUCGUUGAGAAAGUCUUGCAGCUGAGAUAACCAGUCUCCCGACCGACGAAGAAGUGUAGGAAGGUGAAUGUGAUGCAGCUUAGGAGCUGCGACCAACUGCCAAUUUUCAUUGUAUUGAUCGACAUCUGUAGUGCAGCUCGAGAAAUGUCGGCCGUGGUGCAACCGGACGCGACGGGUACGCGUGGUCCCGAUCUACUAGAUAGUGUGCUAGUUUCAGUGGGAAUUGUUCGCCUGGUGGUCAUCAGGCCAUUAUAGUGCAGCGGAGACAGCCUUGGCUCCAGGGGUCGGGCUGGUGAUCACCAGGAUACGCAACGACGCCGCCAGAUGCACCAAAGUCGGUUCAGGCAGCCUCGCCGACAUUUUUCUGGAGACAGUAUAAUACUGCCAGGCAUCGUGAACGGGGACGGCGAGCAAAUUCCGAGCUAAUCUCGGAUGGUCGGAGAGGAUACGCACAACACGCUACACGUUUAGAGAAGUGGAAGUACGAGAUUGACAGCUCGUACUUUACCAUGUCUAGUCAUCUUCCCCAGCAACGGCUCCUUCGGCAACUGGGGCUCGCGCCUGCUGCUUCCGGUAGAGAUUGGCCAAAAACUCGUUUGUACUCGCCUCCUCAAUGCUCUUGUCCUCGCGAAUCUUCAAGAACCUCGGGAAUCUCAUACUCAGCCCUCUUUCUUCGCUCACGAGACCAAUCGCUGCGGUGUAGGUCGGGCUUAGGGUAAUGUCCGCGAAUAUCAUCUCCCAAACCUCCUGAGGUUCAAACCAAACAUCAGGCUCACCGCCGUAUUCCACGUAACUGGGCCUGGAGAUGACAUUUGGCCCCCCAGGAUCAUACUUCGCGCGGUUGGUUUUGUAGAAGGCAUCCGUAAAGCCAGAAAUACAUUUUGUCACCACUUCAAGACUACCAGUAUCUGGAUUACGACAGGCGAGCAGGAUUGGACUCCACCAGGCAUUCUUGCGACCUUGGCCAUGCCAACCGCCCACUGGAAUCAGAUCGAUGGUAUCGGUCUGGGUGUUGUAGUCCUUUUUGACCUUCAGCCAGGAGUCCAAGCGCUUGUCGGGUUCGUAUGUCGAGAGUAAAGCUUUUCGGCGGCUUGACUUCUUUUCAUCCGGCUCCUCUCCGGUGUCCUUAUCACCGGGCUUACUCUUCGCUUUUUUGCUCUUCUUCGCUUUGAGCGCUGCUGGUGCAGGCUUCUCGACUUCGUCCUCUUCAGCACCGUCCAGAUCGGUCUGCAAUUGGGGAUUGGGAAGGUUAUCAAGUACUUUCACCAUGAUGCCCUCGCAUUUGAUGUCCGUUGCCUGCUUGAAGAAAUCGCUGACCGCAUCGCCGUCUGCGGAGGUGGCCUCCAGACUCUUGACCCAGGUGAAGCGGUUUGGAAUCUCCACAAACAAACUUCGUAGUAGACUUCUUCGUUCCCGGAAUGGUCUAUUAAGAAGCUCUUCCCCAUUGAGAUACAUAAGAUCAAAGGCGAAUAGACACACAUCGACCUUGACGCUCUGAAUCACAACAUCCUUCCUCGCUCGAUUGGCCAGGAUCUGGAAAGGCUUCAAGUCCCCACUCUCUCGAUCAACAGCGACAACUUCACCCUCGAGGAUGAAGCUCGAAACACUUUCGCCGCGAAUCUUCGGCACAAGUGCAACGAGAUCUGGGUAUUUCUCCGUCAUCACCUCAAGAUGGCGCGAGAAGAUUGUAACUUUGCCAUUCUCGUCACAAUGCACCUGCGCCCGUUGCCCGUCGUACUUGAAUUCGCAGCUAAAGUCUCGACCUUGUAAUUUGGUGAGCAUCUCGCCCAAAUCACGGGUAAUGCCUCCAAGCAUGGGUCGAAGUGGAAUGUGCAGAGCAAGUCCGCAGCGCAGUAAAAGUUCAUCAUCGAUGCCGACCUCCAGCAAAGUCGGUACAAGGUCGUUGUAGUUUGGCCGACGGGCAAAGCUAGCCUUAACAAGCUCUUCACCUCGAGCAAAGACUUCAGCAACAUCCUGCUUGCUGAGAUUCUUUAACGAUGCUGCCGGCUUAAUGUUGUAGUCGGCACCUGGCGGUCGCGAGAGAAGGAAGGCUCUGGACAGCGCGAUCAACAUCGUGGUCUUGACAGCUCCAAUACGAAGAUGCUGCACAAGGGUCCGCACAAUGUACCUGCUCUCUUCCGCGCCCCUUGCAUCCUGGACAAGGCGUUCCACAAUGCGCUGUUUGACUUCUUGACAGCCCGGGCCUUUGGCUUCAGCAAUCUUGUGCAGGCUAUCGAACACACCUUUGACGGUGAGCGGCUUCGGCUUCCGGAGGGUCAAACUCUGUCGUUUCUUGGCUUCGAAGGCUACAUCUCCAGCAUCGCCGUGCUUAUUGUACAGGGCCUUGAGAGCAGAAUUAUCCAGGCCGCAGACUUUCUUCAAGGCCUUUGAAAUGGCUGAUCCUCCCAGACCCAGCUCGAUAUCGAUGUAAGGUGGUGAAAUGGAGUUGGUUGCGAGCCACACCGCUGAGAGUAGAGACUGAGGAUUCGCUUCGGUCAGAGUUCGAAUCAUGUUGACCAAGGUAUCGACGAUCUUGAUGCGAGACUGCGUACUGUUGACCAGGACAAAGCAGUGUGUGAGCAUGGCAUAUGUUGCCAUAUUGCCCUCCGAUGCCCAUUGAUCUUUGAGUGCCGGUAUAUACUUUUGCGGAUCAAAUGUGAGCGGCGAUUCGUCGAAUGGGAUAUCGUGAGAGAUAGUGUCCUCCUCUGCGGUGGCAGACUGGAGGGACAACGUGCCUUUCUUGCCCAUAGAAGUAAAGGCAUUGGCGGGUGGUGGCAAGUCUUCUACCUCCCCUUUAUCCGUACAAGCAGGUCUAUCAUCUGUCGGUGCUUUGGGCCUCUCCUGAGCUGUCACUCCAUCCUGGUCAUUGCUAGCUGUUCCACGGGUACCGUCAUCCGAUUGUCCCUGCGGCCUAUCCUCUUCCUCCCACUGAGCUUGCAACUUUCGUGCCAAUUGUUCGUCUGUCAACUCUUGCUCCUCUCUAUUCGCGACUUCACCACUCUUGUCAUCAACGACAGGUCCAAGAUUGUCGCUAUGGGCAUUGCUCUCGUUCCACUUGGCUUCCCUCUCCUUCUCAGCCCGCUGUUUGCCAAAGAAGAAAUCCAGCCCUCGAGCAGGCAGGGGUGAUGCCUGAUGAUCGUUCUUCUUGCGCCGCUUGUUGGGCGUGCUCAUGAUUGGUGCUGCACGGCAUGUUGCCGUUUGAUGCACUUGAAUCGAGUGGUGAACGCGAGAAGACGCGCUCAAUGUCGUGGCGUCAUUUGUGGCCCGUGCGCUACACGACCAAAUCCGAUACAAUCCAAACUUUCAUGUGGGCGGACUACGAGUUGUCUAUAUAUAUGUAUAGCAUCACCAAGGACCAGACCAUGCCCGGCACAUGUGCUAUGGCUGACGCCUGGACUCUUCAGAUGCUUCUGGUGCCUGAGCUAGCCCGACAGUACUCGCCGGAAACACCACAGACUAAGUCGAACGAUACUGCACAUCCUCGUGCCGGCCAACAUCAAGAUGUCUCCGCUCGAGCCCAUUGACAUGGAUCGGUAGUCAUUAGUCGAGAGCAGUCUGCCGUAAGCUCUCUACAGACGCCUUGAAACAAUCAUCUAAUGGACGAAAAAUGCUGAUGAAGAAGGCCAUAUGGGUGUUAAAUGAGGUCGCAUCGACGCACUCGGAAUCAUUGCCCGUGUCCAUACGACUCUUCGUGUCCGUACGACAAGUCGAGCAAAAUCUUGGCAGCCACUCACGCUGUCGAUCCAAAACCCAUUUUGCCAUCACAGCCUCGCGUGAGCGCUUCAUGCGCACGCUGUCGUUCAUCGAAGGUAAGUCAUGCCGAGCACCGCAGGCGAAUGAGGUUUGGUACGAUCGAUGUUAUGAUAUAACAAUCUAACUCCGACACUCGAGGCUCGCGGCCGUGACACUCGUGGAGAGAUCGAUUGCUCUAGCUGCAUUUCUCUUGAGCUAUCGCGCGUUUCCAGCUCAUCAUCUCCAGACUUGAUCGAAAGCGACGUUUUCUGGGAAGAUGCUAUCAAAGAUCAAGUCGCAGUCUUUCAGAGCUUCUUUUCAACCGAAUCACACACUGACCCACGUUUCGGUCUGGCGAAUCAAUACAACGACAUCGGAUCUCGCGGUAUCGUCUCUCGGCAAGAAGCGUGCCCAAUGGCAAAAUAAGUCCCCUGAGCAUUCGCGGCAGUGUCUAGAAACCAUGCAGCAAAUUAGUGCAACGAACUACCGACCUCGGAAGCUCACAGUGUCGAACCGUGCCUCAUCUUCUCCAGGUUUGCGAAGUUACUUGGCUUGCCUCAUCGCCACAUGCUUCUGGCGUGUCGUGGCCCUUGAAGAUAUUCCCUCGGUGUGUAGUGCCAAUCUGAACUUUGAUAUCGCUCGACGAAGAUGGUAAUAGGCACUGCUAACGUUUAAACAGCCGAUAGCACUGUUGAAGUGCAGCAGCCUAUGAGACGAUACUGUCGCUUCCUCACGAUCUCGGAGAGAGGCAUUAGCUCAUACCUCUCGAAAGGGCCCGAAGGGUAGAUACCAGAGGUACUCACCUGGUGCUUCUCGACGAUAGUCUCAACUGCUCUCCGGCCGAAGGUGAUCCUCAUGAAAGUAGCAGCCAUUUCACCAGCCGCCGAAGCGAAUACCGCAUUGUCCGCCACGACUCGCAGAUUCGCUAGCAGGUCUCAAAACGAAUUGAUUCUUCCACCAAGCAGGCCAUACAGUUCCGGAGCCUCGAAGGCUGCUGAUUACUCCACGUGCAUGACCUACGCGACCAAUUUGAAGAAUGGAGAGGACAAUGGCAAGGCUUGCCAGCCAGUGAUGAGGCGUACCGUUGAAAAUGCGUGGCUGGCAUCGUAGUUGAAGUUGAGGGAGAAGCAAAUUUGGAAGACGAUUGCCGGUGCCAGUGUGGGUGAGGCAUGCUGUUGAUUCUUCCUACCGCUUCUGCCCAGUCCACGAUGGGACUGGCAGGCACUCGGCGCGUAUUGGGCAGUGCCAAGAUCGCUUUCAUGUGCCGCAGCCACUCCUCGCCUCUGCUCCUGCGAACAAAUGUUGCAAUUGCUUGAUGCCGGAUAUAUGCUCGGGACGAGCAGUAUCUAUAUUCGAAUCGCGUCGUCGAAGGUGUUGGGCAAAAGCUCAGUGUGAGAGAAGAAUGGGACACUCGCAAAACUUUCGAUUCUUGAAGAUUCUUGCUCGACUCAUCGCGAACUCCAUUGUGCGGUCUUUUUCCUGCUGUAUCGUCCGGUGGAUUUAGAGUGUCUGCUACGUCGCAUGGCUGAGUUGUGCAGCCGAUGGGCUGUCUAGGCGCCCUGGUUAGCCGCUCAGAUCUUACUGGUACAUACGUUCAGGAGGAAGUACGAUUUGCUUGCCGCGGCUUCGAGCAGAUGAUCAAGAGAAAGACACCAGACGUAGAGACUCAAGGUGCGCGUGUCGAAUCAGACAAUACGUUCAUUCAUGCGAGGCAAGAUGAUGAUGUUGGCGGUCUCGAAGAGUUCUGGAAGACUUGAUAGGCGACAGGGAUGAGGUGAAGUGCAGGUAGCUCGGUACGGAUGAACGAUCUUCCGCCCAGGCCUUACUGCAGUGAGGUAGAACCUUGAGUAGCUAGUACAAUGACCGUCUUUGGUUUAACGAUAUGACCAGUCCUUUCCACCAGUCCGUCCAAAGAGCGAAAUGCUCCCUCGGACCGUGACACACAACCCCACCGUCAUCUUUUCCCCGUUAUCAUAUCCAUUCCUCACCUACAUCACCACCCGAAAAGACCACACGUACCUCCUCCUCCUACGUCAGUAACUCGCGACUUGGCAGACGCCUUCGUGAAAAUGCACCAAAGACGGUCUGAGCGACCUGCAUCUCACUGCAAAGUCUUGGCCCUUCUUGGCCGUAGAGCAAGAAAAGCAAAAGCGACGCAGUUGAGGACCUCGGCCGGCUGAAGAAGUGAAACAAAAGUGAGUGUUGCACGGCAGUCUUAGCUGUAACCUGCUGCCAGAACAUGCGACCCCCUAAGAAAGGUUCCCAGUACCGUGUCGGCGGAGGUCCAGGGAGUAUCGAUUUGUAAAGGCAGCCAGCUCGUCCCGUAGCGUGGCAGAUUCAUUCGUCAGCUUACCGGCGCAUCUUUAUUAAAGUAGCAAAGCGAAUAUAGGCCGAGCGAUACAAGUCCGCUUCUCUCCGAAUCUACGGGAGAGAGAGUUCGCCUACUGUUGAGCAGAGGUGUGUUGAUGCUGCGAUAUCCGGUGCUCGAUGGCAUGCUAUUCACACGCGUGUACACGCCCAGAGCGUCGUAAUAGCAGGAUCGCAUUAGCAGACCUGGCAGCAGGUUAGGAUUGUGCGUCAUGUUGCGAAUGUGCCACGAAGAGCGAGAGCGACUGGCGGGCAUCAUCCUCUCACAUGCAAACCGGCGGCGAGCUCUGUGAUCGAAUCAGGCAGGACCCUCGCCACGAGGUCGCAUACGUUGAAGAUAAGGAGGAAGUCGGUCGUCACAGUAGGCCGCAGAUGGACGCGCUUCCAAACGGCGAGAUCUUGGUAUGCAGGGUGUGGUGGCUUGGUGCGAGACCUAUUGAUCAAGCAGCGCUCCCUUGCGCCUCCGCGGGAGAUCAGGAAGGCGAAAAGCUUACCAAGACUUGCCGGCGGGGGGAGGGCGUCAUCAUGGUUCUUAUCCGCGAGCCCCAGGCCGUCGCAGAGGCUGUGCAGACGUGGUGAUGCCGUGGACGUGGUGGAUGUAGUGUUGGUGAGCAUGAUGACCAGAUAGCGGCGACGACGGCGGCGGAGUGGGACAGCAGCCGCAGGAAUAGAGAGAGGCGUAGGAGCUGGUGGAGGAAGGAAGUGUUCUGAAAUGGGCAAUGUGCACGCUGUACAGGCGUCGAGCACGUAUCUCAGGCUUCAAUGCUAGCAGCAGUAGCGUCUGGGCAUCGUGUGCAGACAUCCAACAUGUGAGAGCGUCAGUCGCGGCGGACGGUGGAUGCCAAGACGCCUCUCCCACCCCGCGCCGCGCCGCCGCCAAGCACUUCGGUGUUCGCAACCACCGAAUCAUCACUCCCGUCCAUCUCGUCCUCUGCACUACCUUACGUUGCGCUGCAAUCCUCCCAUCGGCUCAUUCCAGGCGGCAGAGCCUGGCAGGGCGUGGACUUCCGUGCUCCCCCACCGCUCUCCACCGCCGCGACGUGUCGUCCGCACUCUUCACCAGCCGUGCGCCGUGAUAGCGCCACGCUGCCUCUUGCUGGCGCUAUCAUGGAAAGAUCGCCUGCCUCUGGCUCGUUGGGCCGCAACCCGCUCAAUGCUGGCUAUCUCCACCGUCUUCGAGGGUGAAGGAUUCUGCUUACCAGCUCCUCCAGCACCGAAAGGCACGACUCCGUCCCGUGGUGGCAGCAGCGGCGGCCGCAGGCGGCAACCACUUGGAAGGGACCGCGCCGACGACCGCAUCAUCCCGCCUCUCCCAGCGUCCCGGGAUUCCCAAGGCCUUGGCAUGACCAUUCCAGACCUCAUCAAAAGCACCUCGCCGUCGUCUUCGCGGCCUGCGAGCCAUCACUAUCUUCCCGGCGCUGCCAUGCUCACCAGAGUCACCACCCGGGGUAUGACACAUUCUGGGUUGCUCCUUGCCGCGUCUCACCCAUCCCUUGGCGACCCACCCGCUACCCAGGCAAAUGCUACUUCCCUAUGCUGUCUCUGCUGCUACUCGGCGCACGUUGAGUUAGCGUACGCGUCUUGAUCUUAAGCUUCACCUGCAACAUUGCUGGAUGCAGCCAGAAGAGGUAUGUGUGGACGAUCGACGCAUGGCUGCGCGUAACCUUGAGUCCCAUGCAUUCCCAGCUCCUGAGCAGAUAUCAAUUGCGCCUUGCCCCCAAUCUAGGUUGGUCCGGCCCAAGCAGUAGGCUUCCACUACCUCCCACUCCCUCUUUCUUCAUUCUAUAAUUCCUUUGAGGGUAUUUGUUUGGUAUCAUGGCUGGCCUACGCACCCAAGAAUCCAACGCAAAUGAAAGCCAGGCAUCUUUCUCUGACUCCCGAUCCACCUCAGUCAGGGACUUCAAGGAGAAUGGCAUCGACAUCUCACAACCCGAAAUCCCAUCGCAGGCGGACAAAGACUCAGAGGAUUCGAAAUGGCCGAAAGAUUGGAGGGCGUGGACCUGCUUAUUUGGCGGUUUCUUGCUCAUGUUCAACUCCUGGGGAAUCGUCAAUGCGUACGGUACCUACGCAUCUUACUACAAAGACACUCUUCUCCCUGGUCAGGAUCUUCUUCGCAUGAACUUGAUCGGCUCCACGCAAUCCUUCGUCGUGCUCGCUCUGUCCAUGCCCGUCGGACGCUUUCUCGAUGCUGGGCACAUCCAAAAGCUCUUGAUUGUCGGAACUGUGCUCGUGACCCUUGGUUCGUUCUUGUUGGGCGUUGUGAAUGGUGGAGGGGAGCAGGGCAACGGUAGCUAUGGCCUCACGUGGCUCACUCAGGGAUUCAUUUCGGGUCUCGGUAUGGCCUGCUUCUUCGUGAGCGCUUCACAAGGUAAGCAAGCACGCUCGCAGAAAGCAAUCGAGACCGCCAAGUCGCUGACCUUCACCGCAGUCGUUGCCACCUGGUUCAAGAAGGCGAAGUCCCUCGCCGUCGGCAUUGUUGCAUCCGGCGCCAGUAUCGCCGGCCUGAUCUACCCAGUCAUGUUCCGAUACCUCAAUCAAGAUCUAGGCUUCAAUCACGCACAAUUCUGCGUGUCUGCUCUGACCUGUGCCACCUCGGCACUCGCAAUCUACAUCGCUCGACCGAACCCUAGUCAUAUCAUCCGCACGCCAGAAACUUGGUUCGACAUCAACGUCUUCUGGGACAAGACCGCAUUCAAGCGUAACCGGGCUUUCCUCUGGCUCGUGGUGUCGAUUUCCUUCCUUUUCUUCGGUUUCUACGCCGUCUUCUUCAACCUUGAGGAGUGGGCAGUCGACUUGGGCUUCGGCACCAGACAAGCCAACGACAUUAAAGCGAAUAAAGGCCUCCCCGACGAGGAACCGCGAAGGCAGAUCCGAACUUACUGGCUCCUGGCUAUCAUGAACGCCUCCUCCACGCUCGGUCGUAUCGGUGCCGGACUUACGUCGGACAUGCUGGGUGCUCUGAACGUCCACUGCUUCGUCACAUACGUGGCUUCCAUCCUCGUACUCUGCUUGUGGUCCCUCACAUCAAACUUGGAUGGCGCCAUCGCUUUCGUCGUCGUUUUCGGCGCAUUCUCCGGCGCCGUCAUCGGUCUCCCGCCAGCUUCUGUCGCGUACGUUCUCGGGCCGGAUCCCGCAGAACAAGCACACCUAGGCCAGUGGACGGGGAUGAUGUACUCGUGUGCAUCGGUAUGGGGUCUCACCGGACCCCUGAUCGCCGGCCACCUGAUCACGCAUUACAAGACCUACCUCACCGUCCAGAUGUGGGCGGGCGCGUGCAUGUUUCUCAGCGCGACAUGCAUGGCCAUCGGUAUCUGGUGCAGGCGGCGCAGCGACAAGGCACGAGCCGCAGCAAAGACUGAUGCCACGCCUGCACGACCGUGCACCACACUCUCCGUCAGCGAAGACGCGGAAGAUGAGAAGAAGGAAGAAGUCUGA